AUGCCCGCUCCUCGCAAGGCCAAAUUGGCCACCACUUCGCCUGCCAGUACAGCUACGACCACCAACAGGAAGCGCAAGCGGGGUGGCUUGGUACUCUCGGACACCGAAACAGUCAGUCAACUAAAUACAAGGCACGGAGGACCAACCAAAGAACCACCGCCGACUGCUAGCCCCCGCGCUCCGCAAAGGAAUCGCAAGGAAUCCAAUCUGAAGGUCAAAGAAGAGGACCGGAUAACAGUCACAGCGGCCCCGAACGGCUCAUUGACGGUGCAGGAAGAAAAGGAAGUCAGAGUCGAAAAGACCAGUGCUGGAAGCAGGAAGAUAAUCAGAAGAAAACUCGAGUCUGAGGCUGCGGACGCUGUUGAAGAUGACAUGAAACAGCCCAACUCUGAGGAGGAUGUGGAGGUCAAAAAGCCCAAGCGACAGCGCAAGACCAAGGAGGAAAAGGAUGCCGACGCCAUCCCCCUCGCCGCGAGAGCCGUUGGGCUGAAGAUGUUUGUUGGCGCUCACACGAGUGUAGCCAAAGGGGUGGAGAAUGCCAUUACCAACUGCGUCCACAUCGGCGGCAAUGCAUUCGCAUGUUUUCUCAAGUCUCAGCGCAAAUGGGAGAAUCCUCCACUGAAAGAUGAGAACCGGGAUGCGUUCCUCAAGGGGCUGAUAGAGCACAACUACGACGGGAAAGCACACAUUGUGCCUCACGGGUCAUACCUAGUCAACCUGGCUACUGAAGACAAGGACAAGGCGCAACAGUCUUACGGGGCCUUCAUUGACGAUCUGCACCGUUGCGAAGCCCUCGGAAUUCGCUACUACAACUUUCAUCCCGGUACAGCGGGCCAGACUCCGUUCGCCGAAGCCGUGACGCGGCUUGCCAACAAUCUCAACCGCGCGCUGUCCGAGACGAGCACUGUUGUCCCGUUACUCGAAAACAUGGCGGGACACGGGACCUUAAUUGGAGGGCGAUUCUCGGAUCUUCGAGAAGUGAUCGCCCAAAUCAAGCCCGAGUAUCAAUCUCGAAUCGGCGUCUGUAUCGAUACCUGCCACGCCUUUGCGGCAGGCUAUGAUCUCCGAUCACCUGACGCCUUCAAGAAGACACUGGAUGAAUUCGAUGAGAUUGUAGGCAUGCAGUACCUGAAAGCACUCCAUCUCAAUGAUUCCAAGGCGCCUUUCAGCAGCCACAGGGAUCUGCACCAAAACAUCGGGCUGGGGUUUCUCGGUCUCCGUGCGUUCCACAAUGUCAUGAAUGAGCCGCGUUUCCAAGGCCUGCCGUUGAUUCUGGAAACACCGUGUGAGAAGCCGGACCCGGAGGACCGGACUGGGAAGAAGAUGAUAGACGACAAGUCCAUCUGGGCCACGGAGAUCAAAUUGCUCGAGAGCUUGAUUGGGAUGGACCCAGAAAGCGAAGAGUUCAAGAGCCUUGAGGAGGACUUGAGCGAGAGAGGGAGAAAGGAGAGAGACGAAAUGCAGGCGCAGUUUGACAAGAAAAUGGAGAAGGAGAGGAAGAGUGUCGCCAAGAAACUGGGGCAGGAGAAGGGCCAGACGACUCUUGCCUUUGGAAAGAAGAACGGUAGGGGUGAUCAGAAGGAGAACAAGAGGAAAAGAAGAGCGAGUGAGGACGAAAGUGAGCUGAGUGAACUCGGCGAAUUGAGUGAAUAG